CUGGCGUCGUAAUGGCACCUGCGAUGUGGGUGUGGCCAGACGUCUGCAGAUGCAACGAUGUGGUACUUUUUGCGACAAUCUCCGCAGUCUUAAUUAUUGUCAUUGCUCAGACAUAUACAAGCAGCGUGCGGUACCCUCGAAAUCUUCCCAGGAUCGGGCGAAGGCCAGGCCAGACAGGCUUUAGCCUGGCGACGCGAUGGCAGUACUUGGUUGACUGUUCAUCGCUGUACCGUGAUGCCUAUGAGAAUUAUUCCAAGAAGGGAAAGACCGUCCUGAUCCCAGGACUUGGUGCCCGAGAUGAGAUCAUCCUCCCUGGCAACGCGAUACGAUGGGCACUUGCGCAGCCGGAGGAGAUACUGAGCUCUUCCGAGGCGCUCGUGGAGAUCAAUCAGACGAGAUGGGCUUUCGGAAACAGCAGCAUCACAAGUGACCUAUGGCACGUCGGCCUCUUCCGGACGGACCUGAACCGGGCUUUGGAGACUGUCUGUGCGGGGGUCAACGACGAGCUGGCUUUGGCGCUUGAUACGUUCUUUGGGGUGGAUGCGGACAACUGGACGGAGAUUGACCUGCUCGCGACCAUGCGGAUGGUCGUGGCGCAAGCCGGAAAUCGUUUCAUCAUUGGCGAUUCCCCGGAGGGGCUGAAGUUGUGCCGCGACCAGGAGUUCCUGAGGAACAACGUAGCCGUCUUCGAAUGCUUCAUCCUCAAUGGUGGCAUUAGUGGUGCAUGCCCCGUCCUUCUUAGACCGUUGGUCGGACGCAUGGCUGCAUGGCCCAUUUGGCGUCGCAUGGCCAAAUUCCGCCGACACAUUCGGCUCCUUUACGAGGAGCGGAUGCGGAUCCUCCGUCUCCAGCAGCAGCAGGAUAAUAACCCGGGCAAAGCUACGCCAAGAGACUUUUUCCAGGUGAUGAUGCAGUUCGCCGCCACAUACCGCACGGAGGACGUGAAUGACUUUGAGAACAUGGCCGCUCGACUAUGUGCGGCGAACUUUGGGGCCAUGCACCAGACGAGCAUCCAGGCGACCAACCUCCUGCUCAACAUCCUAGGCUCCGACCCCGAGUUUGAUACCAUUGCCGUGCUGCGUGACGAGGUUGCCCGAGUUAUAGGCCCGGGGGGUUCUCCUGGUCACGCGGAUCAUACGGGCUCGUCGAGAGCGUGGACCAAGGCCAAAGUCGCAGCCAUGGUUCACACUGAUAGCGCUGCCCGCGAAACGCUACGCAUCAACGCCUUUGCCAAUCGCGCCAUCUUCCGCAAGGUCAUGGUCGACGGGCUCACCACCGAGGAUGGCAUCUCGUUGCCCAAGGGGUCGUUUGUGUCCUUCUUCAGCCAACCGCCCAAUACAGACUCGGAGUACUACGAGGAGCCUCUCAAAUUCGACCCGUUUCGGUUCUCCCGCAGCAUGAAUGGGGCGGCGGGUGGCGAUGCCGCUAAUAACAAGGAUCCGUCAGCCGGCGAGGCGGGUGGUCCCAAGUACGUUUCCACAUCUGAGCGGUACUUGUCUUUCGGCCACGGGAAACACGCCUGCCCAGGCAGGUUCUUGGUUGACUUUGAGCUCAAGAUGAUGGUGGCGUGCAUCUUGACGCGGUAUGACAUCAAGCUCCCCGCCGCAUAUCAGGGACGGAGGCCACGGGGUCGUUGGGUGGCCGAGGCGCAUCUACCACCACAUGGGGCGAGAAUCAUGGUGAAGAGGAGGCGCAUCGUCGAGUAGCUCGGCGUGCAAAUGUGGAAACCCGGCAACGCGUGCCUUUGCCAGUACGUUUGUAAAGCGGCGAGUGGGCUGUAGCACGACGUAGAGCCAUGGCAGUUUGCCAGCGAGCGUACGACUGAGCUCAAACUCCUCCAUAAGUGGCAGCAUGUCUAAUAUGGCGUGUAAUGCAAAGUAAAAGUAAUGGCCAUCUAUCUUCCAACUACUUCUUGCC